CGCAGUUCAACUGUUGUGCAGGCUACGCACUACACACAAUUCGGUCCUCACACUAAACACAACAACAAUAUGAGCAAACCUAAAGACAAUGAGAGAGGACAGUCCAACUCCGACAACAGCGAGGGAAAAUACUUGGUAGCUGUCAAAGCAUUAUAUGACGAUGCGAAAACAACGAGGAAACCCCGUCCGCCUAAACCCAGCAAUGCUGUAACGAUUGCUGUGUCCUCGCGUACACUGUUUAACAUGGUUAAAGAAAGGAAGGUGUUUGAAGAGGAGGGGCUGGAAAGGUACGUUGCGUACCAGCAGGAGAUGGAGGAUCAUCCUUUCACCCCAGGGGUCUCGUUUCCUUUCGUUAAGGCUCUGAUGAAUGUAAAUGUUCGUUUGAGAGAACUGUACCCAGACAGUGAAGAGCUAUUUGAUAUUGUACUGAUGACUAAUAAUCAUGCUCAGGUUGGAGUUCGUCUCAUCAACAGCAUUAAUCACUAUGAUCUAAAUAUUGAGAGAUUUUGUAUGACUGGUGGGGAAAGCCCGAUUGGUUACCUAAAGGCCUACAUGACCAACCUUUAUCUGUCCAAAGAUUCAAAUAAGGUACAAGAAGCUAUCGAAGAAGGAAUAGCAGCUGCCACAAUGUUCACCUGUGACAGUGAGAAUGAGCUCAGUGACACCCAAUUACGUGUAGCCUUCGACGGAGAUGCUGUUCUGUUUUCUGACGAGUCAGAAAUAAUUGUGAAAGAACAUGGAUUGGACACCUUUUUUAAGCAUGAGCAAGAAUUUGAAAAUAAGCCUCUAGCUAAGGGCCCCCUGAAAUGCUUCUUGGAAGCACUUGGUAAACUCCAGCGCAAGUUCUAUGCAAAAAACCAGCGUAUCAACUGCCCUAUUCGCACGUACCUGGUUACAGCACGAAGUGCUGCCAGCGCUGGGGCCCGUGUCCUAAAGACCUUACGAAGCUGGGGACUGGAGGUAGACGAGGCCCUCUUUCUGGCUGGUGCUCCUAAGGGGCCUCUCCUACUGAAGAUCAGGCCUCACAUCUUCUUCGACGAUCAGAUGUUUCAUAUUGAGGGAGCUCAGGAGCUGGGGACCAUCGCUGCCCAUGUGCCAUAUGGAAUUGGACAGAAGUACAAUAAGGGGAAACGCAUCGAAACAAAUAAUGCAGAAAAAUAAGGAA